GCCAUCGUUACCCACCAUGUCUCGGCAGUCUACCAUCACCUUCCACACCGGCAAUCGCAGGGGCUUCAGCACUGCCUCGGCCACUACCCCAGCUGCAGGGCGCUCCCGCUUCAGCUCGGUCUCCGUGGCCCGCACCACAGGGAACAGCGGGGGACUGGGCAGGAUCAGUGGCACUGGGGCUGGCUUUGGAAGCCGCAGCCUUUACAACCUGGGGGGGACCAAACGGGUCUCCAUUAGUGGGUGUGGUGGCUUCCGGAGCGGCUUUGGCAGUAGGGGUAGUGGUGGAUUUGGCUAUGGGGGUGGCGUUGGAGGGGGCUUUGGUGGCCCUGGCUUCCCCGCCUGCCCCCCUGGAGGCAUCCAAGAGGUCACUGUCAACCAGAGUCUCCUGACUCCCCUCAACUUGCAAAUUGACCCCACCAUCCAGAGGGUGCGAAAAGAAGAGCGUGAGCAGAUAAAGACUCUCAACAACAAGUUCGCCUCCUUCAUCGACAAGGUGCGCUUCCUGGAGCAGCAGAACAAGGUUCUGGAGACCAAGUGGAACCUCCUGCAGGAGCAGGGCUCCAGGACCGUGAGGCAGAACCUGGAGCCUCUUUUUGACACCUACAUCAAUGACCUCCGAAGGCAACUGGAUGGUGUCACCACUGAAAGGGGCAGGCUGGAUGCUGAGCUGAGGAGCAUGCAGGAGGUCGUAGAAGAUUUCAAAGUCAGGUACGAAGAUGAAAUUAACAAGCGCACGAGCGCCGAGAAUGAAUUUGUGGCCUUGAAAAAGGAUGUGGAUGGUGCCUACAUGAACAAGGUAGAGCUGGAAGCCAAGGUUGACUCUCUGACUGAUGAGAUCAACUUCCUCCGGAUGGUCUUUGAGGCAGAGCUGUCCCAAAUGCAGACCCAGGUCAGUGACACAUCAGUGGUCCUGUCCAUGGACAACAACCGCAACCUGGACCUGGACAGCAUCAUCGCUGAGGUCAAGGCGCAAUAUGAGGACAUUGCCAACCGUAGCCGGGCAGAAGCUGAGUCCUGGUACCAGACUAAGUAUGAGGAGUUGCAGGUCACAGCGGGCAGACAUGGCGAUGACCUCCGUAACACCAAACAAGAGAUCUCCGAGAUGAACCGCAUGAUCCAGAGGCUGAGAGCCGAGAUCGACAAUGUCAAGAAACAGUGCUCCAGCCUGCAAACGGCCAUCGCUGAUGCAGAACAGCGAGGGGAGCUAGUUCUCAAAGAUGCACAGGCCAAACUGGUGGACCUUGAGGAGGCCCUGCAGAAAGCCAAGCAGGACAUGGCUCGGCUGCUGCGCGAGUACCAGGAACUGAUGAAUGUCAAGCUAGCCCUGGACGUGGAGAUUGCCACCUAUCGCAAGCUGCUGGAAGGCGAGGAAUGCAGGCUGAGCGGAGAAGGAGUUUCUCCAGUUAAUAUCUCUGUGGUCACCUCCACGGUUUCCAGUGGCUAUGGUGGUGGCAACGGCAUUGGAGGUGGAAGCCUGGGUCUUGGUGGAGGCAGCAGCUACUCCUUCACCUCCAGCGGUGGGCACGGCCUAGGAGGCUCUGGUUUCACCACCAGCAGCAGCCGGGGCCUAGGGGGCAGUGGCUCCAGCGUCAAAUUUGUCUCUACCACAUCCUCCAGCAGGAAGAGCUUUAAGCACUAA